AUGAUACAAGAGAAGAGGGACGCAGUCGUCAAGAACGCAGACGAUCAUUUUGACAUUCUGUCUCUCUUGAUCAAGUCGAACAAUUUCUCUGACGAAGAGCUUAAGGAUCAGUCAUUGACUGUUCUGGCUGCUCGACACGAGACGACGGCAUCUGCAAUCACCUGGGCAUGUUAUCUCCUUUCAACACGCCAAGAAAUACAACAUAAGCUUCGUGAGGAAGUCCUUGAAGCCUUGCCUUCGGAUUCUCCCCUCGACGUCUCAGGAACGCUAGAACGGCUCCCAUAUCUGAACGGGAUAAUCAACGAGACUCUUCGACUUUACCCCACUAUUCCCGUCACUCAACGUCAAGCAAUCCAUGACACACAUAUAGCAGAGUACCCUAUUCCAAAGGGAACUGUUCAAAUUAAUCGUUCUACGGAGGUCUGGGGCACUGACGCAGACAAGCUUCUUCCAGAGAGAUGGGUGACGGGGGCAGGGAAACCAAAUCAGACAGGGGGCGCCAACAGCAACUACGAUUUCGUUACAUUUCUCCAUGGGCCUCGGAGCUGUAUUAGCCAGAAUUUUGCCAGAGCCGAGAUGCGGUGCCUCCUCGCAGCCAUGGUGACUUCGUUCGCAUGGGAUUUGACUAUGGAACAAAAAAAGGUUCUGCCAAGAGGCGUGAUUACUAUCAACCCAGCUCACGGUCUGUAUUUGAAACUUCAACCAUUGCAGAGGGGAAACCCAACUCAAGGAUGA